GAACUGGCGCGUGCACCUCCGUUGCCGUGUCGGCCAACUCCAUGUGCCGCUUCAGGCAAUAAACAACGCAUCCUGCUUAUCGCGCCAACCUCCUCCACCUCUCUCUUCGCUUGGACCAACGGCUCUGUGCCCCGAACCUGCCCCAGGAACCCUCUCUGCUUCGCUGGCCCGAUCUCAUCGCGUCGACAUUCGGUGAACACGCCCGGUCGCGUCUCGCGCUCCCCACUCCCACCGCCGUCAUGUCGCAAGUCAAGUUCGAGCAAAAGGAGACAAUCCGCACGACCACGGGUGGUAAGGCCGCGCCCUCUCCGCCGGCUGGCAAAGAAGACUUCGCGCAUCGCGUGGGUGAAGCCAUCACCAAAGGUGGCAGCCCGGAUGGAUACCUUGCGUGGUAUCUCAAGAAGCUGCAAGAUGACCCUCUGCGUACCAAGAUGAUCACAUCUGGAACACUGGCAGGAGCUCAGGAGUUUCUCGCGUCCUGGAUCGCGAAGGACCGCAGCAAGCACGGUCACUACUUCACCAGCCGUGUGCCCAAGAUGGCUGUUUACGGUGCUUUCAUCAGCGCUCCGCUGGGGCAUGUCAUGAUCUCAAUUCUGCAAAAGCUGUUUGCAGGCAGGACGAGCUUGCGCGCCAAGAUUCUGCAGAUUCUCGUCUCAAACCUCAUCAUCUCGCCGAUUCAAAACGCCGUCUAUUUGACCUCAAUGGCUAUCAUUGCAGGCGCACGAACCUUCCACCAGAUUCGAGCCACUGUAAAAGCUGGAUUCAUGCCAGUCAUGAAAGUCUCAUGGAUAACUUCGCCAAUCGCCCUCGCAUUCGCGCAGGCAUUCCUGCCAAAUGAAGUCUGGGUCCCCUUCUUCAACCUGAUCGGCUUCAUCAUUGGUACAUACAUCAAUGCACACACCAAGAAGAAGCGACUGCAAGCUCUGCGAAGGAAGUACCAGGACAGUGGCCGAACGAGCGACGGAAGGAGUGAUUAUCGCCCAGGAGGUCCUCCUGGUGCAUACUAAGUUGGUAUAUUGCCCCGCCGUGGAUGAGUGGACUGCAAAAUUUGGGUUUCCACGAUCACGUGGUGUUGUGCCAGACAGAAUUUGAACGAUGAUGUGUUGCACGGAUGAACGACUUGUAAUUAUGGCAUGCUCAUUAGUGCUUCCAGGUGAGAGCGUACAUAGUUAAACGAAUUUGUUGACACUGCGAGCAGGCGACACUAUUCACGUAAGUUUACAGCGGUGACUGCGAAAACAAACCCAUUGGAUAACGA